AUGGUGACCAUAACUGAUAUCACGACACGGGAUGUGCGGUUUCCGACUUCCCUCGACAAGACUGGCUCCGAUGCAAUGAACGCUGCGGGCGAUUACUCUGCCGCCUACUGUAUCCUCCACACCGACUCGGAGUAUUCCGGCCAUGGCAUGACAUUCACAAUUGGAAGAGGCAACGAGAUUGUAUGCCAGGCCAUAGCUGCAUUGGCCGAACGAGUUCGAGGCAAGAAGCUGGAAGAUCUGGUCGCAGAUUGGGGAAAGACUUGGAGAUACCUCGUGUCAGAUUCGCAGCUUCGUUGGAUCGGGCCUGAAAAAGGUGUGAUACAUCUUGCGUUGGGAGCUGUUGUGAAUGCAUUGUGGGAUCUCUGGGCAAAGAAGUUGGGGAAGCCGGUCUGGAGGAUUGUGGCUGAGAUGACACCCGAGGAGUUUGUCAGAUGUAUUGAUUUCCGCUACAUCACCGAUGCCAUUACGCCUGAGGAGGCCAUUACCAUGCUGAGGACUCUCGAGUCUGGGAAAGCUGCGCGGAUUGAAGAAGCGGAGCAGAGUCGUGCAGUUCCGGCGUACACCACAUCUGCCGGCUGGCUUGGCUAUGGCGAGGAGAAAAUGAAGGCUCUCUUACAAGAAACUCUGGACCAAGGCUAUCGUCACUUCAAGCUGAAGGUCGGCACAUCUCUCGAGGCAGACAAGCAACGUCUUCGCAUUGCUCGCGACGUCAUUGGUUACGACAAGGGAAAUAUCCUCAUGGUGGAUGCCAACCAAGUCUGGUCAGUGCCAGAGGCCAUUACAUAUAUGCGUGAGCUGGCCGAGUUCAAGCCCUGGUUCAUUGAGGAGCCCACAUCGCCUGAUGAUGUCUACGGCCACAAAGCGAUUCGAGAAGCACUUGCGCCGCUGGGAAUUGGUGUUGCGACCGGAGAGAUGUGUCAGAACAGAGUCAUAUUCAAACAGCUCAUCCAGCAGGGUGCCAUUGACAUUUGCCAAAUCGAUGCAUGCCGAAUGGGAGGCGUGAACGAAGUGCUGGCUGUGAUGUUGAUUGCGAAGAAGUUUAAUGUUCCUAUUGUCCCACACUCAGGUGGUGUUGGUCUACCGGAAUACACACAGCAUCUCAGCACCAUCGAUUAUGUCUGCGUCUCCGGCACAGUGAGCGUGUUGGAAUACGUCGACCAUCUGCAUGAGCAUUUCUUACAUCCCAGCCGAGUUGCUGGAGGGUACUACCAAACACCAAUGGAGCCUGGAUACUCGGUGGAGAUGAAGGCGGAUAGCAUGGAUCAGUUUGAGUUUCCUGGUAAGGAGGGCGUGAGUUGGUGGAGAAGUGUCGAAGCCAAACCCAUUCUCGAGGGCGAGAGGAUAUGA